UAUCUCGCACCUCUGGCACCCGUUUCGCAUCGAUUGGAUGGACUUACGGCUGGGACGCAAGCUUCGCUUCAAUGUACAAGAAGCCACUUGCUCUCAGAUUGACGGCAGAGUCGUGGUGAAGCUCGCCAGGUUUUCGUGGGAGAUGCCACAACUCGAGCAAGAAACGCAAGCAUAUGAAUGGAUCAAGGAUACUGACAUCGGUCCUGCUUUCCUUGCGCAUUUGACGGAAAAAGGCAGAACCAUUGGAUCUGUCAUGGAACACAUCGCCAACGCGCGGCAUGCAGAACUGGAAGAUUUGCCUCUGUGUCGAGCAGCGUUGGACAGGUUGCACAAGCUGGGUAUCAAGUAUGGCGAUGUCAACAAGCACAAUAUCCUGAUCCGAGACGAGGGUGUGACAUUGAUUGAUCUCGACUGUGCGAUCUUGUACUUCUGGGAGGAGAGCUGCUCUCGCUUGAGUCAGAACUUCAAGACAUUUCUAGUCGAGGCAGGCCCAUGUUGGACCAGAGCGAGCAUAAUGACA